AUGCUGCAGAUUAUCAGCACCCAGCAAGUAAGCGUGGCGAAGCGGGUCAAUGGUCAUAAUGAUGAGGGAGAGAGCUCUGGUUUCUACGACGACGUUUUUGAUACGUCCGUGAUUGAUCCGGCCCUGACCCGGAAGAUGGCUAUUGUCAAUGGAACCAUUGACAAGAUUGGAAUGACCCCCUUUCAAUGGAAGCUGUUUUUCCUCAAUGGGUUUGGAUACGCCGUGGACUCGCUCCUGAUCGUCUGCCAGUCCAUCGCGCAGCCUGCGAUAGUAAAGGAAUAUGGAAAUCCCAACAAACACGUCGCUGGAAUCUCUCUUGGGUCCCAGAUCGGAUUGCUGGUUGGCGCAGCCUUUUGGGGGUUAUCGGCCGACAUUAUUGGACGUCGAUUUGCCUUCAACGCCUCUCUGUUUCUCGCUGCCAUUUUCGUGGCGAUCGCAGGAGGCAUGCCAGGAUACAUCCCCUUUGCAGCAUUAGUUGCCCUAUACUCCACAGCUGUGGGGGGGAAUUACAUUCUCGACUCUACUAGCCUGCUUGAAUUUCUCCCCAGUGGGCAUUCCUGGCUAGUUACAUUCAUGUCCAUCUGGUGGGCUGUGGGCUACACCAUCGCAGGGCUCCUAUCCUGGGCAUUCAUGAGCAAUUACAGUUGCCCGGCGAACACAACACCCGCUACAUGCUCCCAAAGUGAGAAUAUGGGCUGGCGAUAUCUGCACUUUACCUGUGGGGGGCUCGUUCUGAUCUUGAGCAUCCUCCGUCUUUUUAUAGUUCGGAUGGUGCAAACUCCCAAGUGGCUGAUCGCCCAGAACCGUGAUGAGGAGGUGGUCCGGCUCCUGGCUGCUCUCGCCGAGAAGUAUAAUCGGCCAUUUGACCUCACGCUGGAGGAUCUGCGUAAGGAGGGUCAUGUCGUCCAUACAGAAAAAUCGGUCUGGUCCUCUCUUCGCAUCUCACAGCAUUUUCUGGGACUUUUCCGCACCCGUCAGCUAGCUUGGUCGUAUACGGUAAUCAUCCUCAAUUGGCUCGUCAUUGGAAUGGUCAGCCCUCUCUACCACGUGUUUCUGCCUUACUAUCUUCAAUCUCAGGGUCGGAAGGUUGGCGGCGACUCCACCUAUAUUACGUGGAGAAACUAUGCUAUCAAUCAAGUUUCGGGGCUGGCGGGACCCAUCUUUGCUGCCAUUUUGGUGGAAAGCAAAUUUCUGGGACGUAGGGGCACUAUGGCGCUGGGCGCCCUACUGACUAUGGUGCUGCAGUUUGGAUACACACAGAUCCGAACUCCUGCGCAGAACGUGGGCGUCUCCGCUGCAAUCUCAGCGGCCUCAAACAUGUACUACGGCACGAUCUAUGCCUACACGCCCGAAAUCCUCCCUUCCGCUCAUCGAGCCACAGGGUAUGCCCUCUGCGUCGUCUUGAACCGAGUGGGAGGCAUCAUGGGCGUGCUCGUUGGCAGCUAUGCUAACGUUGAAACGACCGCCCCACUCUUCGUCUGUGCUGCACUGUAUGCGUUGCUGAUUCUCUUGAGUCUCCUCCUUCCAUUUGAGAGUCGCGGAAAGAGGAUCCAAUAG